AUGGAGGGGAAGAGGAGCCCUGGGAUUUGCACUACCUUCAGUGAGCUGCUUCAGGAAGGGGAGCACUGCGAUGUGAGCCUCAGGGUGGAUGGGGUUGAAUUCCAUGCACACAAGGUCAUCCUCUCCAGGUGCAGUGACUACUUCAGGACCUUGUUCAGCAGCAGGUGGAAGGAGACAGAUAAGAGAGUCCAUGAGCUCCAUGGCUUUUCAGCAGAGACCAUGAGGCACGUCAUUGAGUACGUCUACACGGGGACAGUGCCGCUCACGUGGCACAACGCUCAGGACUUGCUCAGCAUGGCAGACUACCUCAGCGUCACUGGGCUCACCAGGCUGUGUGCUGACUUCCUCAAGUCCCAGCUGAGCCUGGAAAACUGCCUCGAUGUCUGGAGAUUCACAGACACCUACUACUGCCCCAGCCUGCGAGACGCAGCCUGCACCUUCGUCCUCCACCACUUCAAGCAGGUGACAGAGGUCUCCACCAAGUUUGUAGACCUCUCUGUCAGCGACCUCAAAGACAUCAUAGAGAAGGAUGAACUCAACGUGGCACACGAAGGAAUUGUGUUUGAGGCGGUUGUGAGAUGGGUGGCUCAUGACCCAGAGAACAGGAGGCAGCACCUGGCUGCCUUGCUGAGCAAGGUGCGCCUGGCACUGAUGCCAGCAGAAUACUUCCUGGCCAACGUUCAAACUCACUAUUACGUGAGGGAGAGUGAGGAGUGCAAAGCUCUCAUCAUAGAUGCCAUGACAGAAAUGUACCAGCUGAGCAUGAGCAGCGCAGACUCUGAGCUGCUCAGCCCGCUCAGUCGGCCUCGCCUGCCCUAUUCCGUCCUGUUUGCCAUCGGCGGCUGGAGCGGGGAGAGCCCAACCAACGCCAUUGAGGUCUACGACCCCCGUGUAGACCAGUGGGUUGACAUCACCCGUGAAGGGGAGGGUCCCCUUGCCUAUCACAACGCUGCCUAUUUGGAAGGUUUCAUCUACGUCAUUGGGGGCUUUGACAGCGUGGAUUGCUCGAGCAGCGUCAAGAGGCUUGACUUGCUGAAGAAGACGUGGCAGGAGGUGGCACCCAUGCACUACAAGCGCUGCUACGUCAGCGUUGCUGUCCUCAACAAUGUCAUCUACGCCAUGGGCGGGUUUGAUGGGCACGUUCGCCUCAACACAGCGGAACGCUACCACCCAGAGAGCAACCAGUGGACUAUGAUCGCCCCCAUGCAUGAGCAGAGAAGCGAUGCCAGCGCAGCCUCGCUGCACAACAAGGUGUACAUCUGCGGCGGCUUCAACGGAACCGAGUGCCUGAUCACCGCUGAGGUGUACGAUGCUGCCACCAAUCAGUGGACCACAAUAGCCCCAAUGAGCAGAAGGAGGAGUGGCGUGGGCGUGGUCGCCUACGACGACAAAGUGUACGCGGUUGGAGGCUUUAAUGGCUUCAGGCGGCUCCACAGCGCAGAAGCUUACAGCCCCGAGGGCGACUCCUGGCAGCUGGUGGCCAACAUGCUCUGUCCUCGCAGCAACUUUGGCAUCGAGGUGGUGGAGGAUCGUUUGUUUGUGGUUGGAGGCUUCAAUGGUUUCACAACCACUUUCAACGCUGAGUAUUACGACAAAGCCACCAACGAGUGGUACAGCAUCCACGACAUGGGCACGCACCGCAGCGCCUUGAGCUGCACCGUCGUGAAAGGGCUUCCCAAUGUCCGCGACUACGUGGCCAGAUGAGGUUGCUCCGGGGUCAACUCUUCUUCAAGCAGCACCUCCAGCUGAGCCCUACUGAACUAGCAAUGUCUUCUCAAUGUCUUCACUCAUGUGAAAGUAAGAAUAAUAAAU